CGUAUUGUGUAAUCCCUAUGUGAGAUACAUCAUUGCCAGCUGAUGUGACCUCAGACUUACUUCCACUGAGUCCCAUUCAGAGCAUCUAUGUCUCCCUGAAACCUGUCCAGUGCCACAUGCAGCUCAUCCUCUGGGAUGCCAGCAUGCCACAGAAGCCCACCACCACUAAAAGUUGUGCAUAUACUGUGUAAGCAAACUAUUUAUGACUAUAUAUCAGGGCAUCACCUCUGCAUGUUUUGUGUCAAGAUCUGGAAUACCUUGGCCGUCAGAUUAGGGGUGUAGGCAUAAGGAGUGGUUCGGAUCUCCUGUCCACCAGAGGCGAGGGCGAAAGACAUGGGCACUGGUUCUGAAA